AGCUCAACGUCAGGCAGCGGCUCACUCAGGAAAUUCAAAUAGCGAUCUGUCCACAACACAGCCGCACACAUCUUUAUGCUCCAAGGUCAUCGCAGCCGGCAGCCCGCGGAGGACACACACGCACAGCCUCCUUCAAAAGCGUUUAGCUAAUCUGCGUUGAGGUGGGCCAGUGAUGCCAACCCAGCCACAAGUCCUCCCGCUGUGCCCCCACCAGAUGGUGGGUGGGGGUGGGCUGUGGUACUUGGAUCUUUCAUCUCCAUAGGAUUCUCAUACGCUUUCCCAAAAGCCAUCACAGUCUUCUUCAAAGAAAUCCAGAUCAUCUUUGGCGCCUCCUACAGUCAGAUCGCAUGGAUCUCCUCCAUCAUGCUUGCGGUCAUGUAUGCUGCAGGUCCCAUCAGCAGCAUACUGGUGAACACAUAUGGCUGCAGACCCAUCGUCAUGAUGGGGGGCUGCCUCUGUGCCCUGGGCAUGAUCUCGGCUUCCUUCUGCACCAACGUGUUGCAGCUUUACAUCUGUAUGGGAGUUGUUACUGGACUGGGGCUGGCCUUCAACCUGCAGCCAGCGUUGACUAUGAUUGGGAAAUACUUCUAUAAGAAGCGUCCGAUUGCUAAUGGGCUGGCAAUGGCAGGCAGUCCAGUCUUCCUCAGCACCCUGGCUCCUCUCAACCAGUAUCUCUACAAUCAGUUUGGCUGGAGAGGAAGCUUCCUAAUCUUGGGUGGCCUGCUGCUGAACUGCUGUGUGGCAGGUUCGCUCAUGAGGCCUUUAGGUCCUCCACCUGGCAAGAUCAAGAAGGAUGAAGAGUUGACCGUCAUUGCUGCCACGACCAAGGAGAAGCACAGUCUUUUGCAAAUAGUUAACAAGUAUCUGGACUUAUCUCUGUUCAAGCAUCGCGGCUUUCUCAUUUACCUGUCGGGCAAUGUCAUCAUGUUCGUAGGCUUCUUCGCACCUAUUGUUUUCCUCGCUGCCUAUGCAAAGGACAUGGGUGUAGAUGAGUACUCUGCUGCCUUCCUGCUCUCAAUCCUGGCUUUUGUGGACAUGGGUGCCAGGCCUUCCAUGGGGCUACUGGCCAACUCACGCUGGGUCAGACCCAAGAUCCAGUACUUCUUCAGCUUUGCUGUACUGUAUAAUGGAGUAUGCCAUAUCCUCUGUCCACUGGUUGAAAGCUACACUGGUUUGGUGGUGUAUGCAGUAUUCUUCGGCUUUGCCUUUGGUAUGGUCAGCUCAGUGCUGUUUGAGACCUUGAUGGACCUGGUUGGAGCUCAGAGGUUCUCUAGUGCUGUGGGACUGACCACCAUUGUGGAGUGUUGCCCAGUUCUCAUUGGGCCACCAUUAGCAGGGAAACUGGUCGAUAUCACAAAAAAUUACAAGUAUAUGUAUUUUUGCUGUGGAGCUAUUGUGAUUCUGGCCAGUAUUUGGCUCUUCAUCGGAAACUUCAUUAACUACAGACUCUUAGAUCGUGAGCGCAAACGUGCAGAGAUGUACAAACAGACUGAGACAGAAGAUCCGGACCAAACUCAGGAUCAAAAGGAGGCUGAUGGCGAAGCCCAGGCCACUGAAGAACUGGUUGACGAAAGUCAGAAAGACGAGCAACCUAUGCAGCGGGAAACCAAUAUCUAGAUUGUACUACUCUGCCAACACUUCACUGUCACUUCUGCUGCAAUCUUGCCACACCCUCCACUAUGAUCAGACUGAGCUCCGAGCCAAGAGGUGCCCCCCGGUGUUCCGCCAGGCUCCAUCUGGGGUCCUCUACUUCUCUAAAGCCAAAGCAACAGCAGUGUUGUAGGAGAGGCUGUGAGGGAUAAAAUCUCUUUGACAAAAAGUAAAGUGUAACAUACUGUUUGCAUGUGAAGAGGCUAAAAGUCAAAAUGUCUGUGGAAUGUUUGUGGUAGUACUAACUGUAUUUUCUUUUGUUCCAACAUUGAGCUUGUAUCGGAAAUACUAUAAACUGCGACAUGUGGAGAAACACUCACAUGACACAGUGGCUGUUUGAGUCAGUACAAGGGAAUAUUGUUUCUAUCCUAUAAAACUAGGACAAGUGGGAGCAAUUGUGGCAGCAAAUUCAAAAAAUUGGCAGAUAAUUUUGAAACCUUCAUCAAAGAUUUAUCUGCUGCCGUUUAUUAAAAUAAUAAAAGUACUGACUCUGUUUGUUUUAAAUAGAUUUUCUGUGUGACCCAACAGAAAAAAUCUUUCCAUUCUUCCUGCUGCAUCAUAAUUCCAACAGCACCAGCAACCACAUGUACAAAAUAAAUAAGCCUCCUUAACAACAUAACUGGUAAAUAAGGUAGGGUUUUUUUGGUGGUUCAAAGACAUUUCCAUCACUUAAACCGGUCUCCGUUACUUGUAAUGUCUUGACCACAGACUGCUGAUAAAAGAUGGACAUAACUUCUGAGUCAUAAACGCGAAGCCAGUAUGGAAGUGCCUUAAAUAUGCAUUCUUUUUAAUGGCCACUGGGGGGUGCAAACAGUAGUCCAGUUUAAUGAAGGUCAAUACAGAUCACUAGAUCUUAUUUAAAACAGCAUGACAUUUAUUUUGUAAAUUAUUGUGCACAUUACACUCAAAACAAGGGUAUCCUUUUGGGCAUGCUUUGUGAUUGACACAUUGUUACAUCGCAGGAGACAGAAAAAAUGCUUAGCUCGAGGCUUCGCAUUGGUAAGUGGUAAAAGGCCUGUAUUUGUAUAGCGCUUUCUAGUCCCUAAGGACCCCAAAGCGCUUUACACAUUCAGUCAUCCACCCAAUCACACACACAUUCACACACUGGUGAUGGCAAGCUACAUUGUAGCCACAGCCAC